ACAAACGCUAUUCUGAGUAAGUUAUUUCUGGUUGAUAUUGUAUACGAUCAUGCGGCUGCUGGUGUCGUCCAUAUCUGUCAUUUUAUGUAUGAAUGAGAACAGGGCGUAAACGUGGAGAAGUUGUCAAAUAAUUUAAUUUUGCGUUCGAGAAGCCUCAUUGUGGAGCUAUCUUGGGCAAAGACAAAACAUCCAGUCCUAAGAUAUAGCCACUGUCGGUGAAGUGAUGUGAGACAGCAUAGAAUGGCUGAUAGUUGUACAGUUAGACUGGACAAAGCCUUCCCCCAUGGCAGCCAGUGAGAGCGCUGAUGCAACGCCCCCUCUUCAUGAGGAGGCGGGGUCAUCCCUCUGUCCUAACGAUGCCCAACUUCUGGCGAAACUUGACGAGGCUAACAGGAAACUGGAAGCUGAUGAGAAAUCAUUACGGUCACUGAGUGCUUCUGGUCAGUCGGGUCAGUCGCACUCUCGCAAAGGCUCCGGCUCUAGCAUUCUGUCCAAUGCCUCCGCUAACAGCCAUGUCAGCAAUCUGGCCAAUGAUGAAGACUCCGCUCAGCUGACAGAGUCGUUAUGGGAGACAUGGGGCAGAGUUGUUAACGAAUGGGACACUGUCAAGAAAAAAACAGGAUAUGUCAGGGAGCUGGUACGUAAGGGUGUGCCUCAUCACUUCCGCAGCUUGGUCUGGCAACUGCUCUGUGACGUCGACAACUCCUCUGCCAAGGGCCUCUACGUGGAAUACCUCAAGAAGACGUCCCCCAGCGAGAAGCAGAUUAAGCGGGAUAUAGCGCGAACUUUUCCCGAUCACGAUUUCUUCAAGGAUAAAGAUGGGUUAGGCCAGGAGAGUUUGUUCAAUGUCAUGAAGGCUUACUCUCUUCAUGACAGGGAAGUGGGGUAUUGUCAGGGCAGUGGCUUUAUUGUGGGCCUCUUACUGAUGCAGAUGCCAGAGGAGGAGGCUUUUGCUGUUCUAGUCAAACUAAUGCAGGAUUACAGGCUACGGGAGCUGUUCAAGCCCAGCAUGGCAGAGCUGGGGCUCUGUAUGUACCAGCUGGAGUGUCUUGUACAGGAACUGUUACCUGACCUGCACAUGCAUUUCCAGUCUCAGGGCUUCCAUACCUCCAUAUACGCCUCUUCUUGGGUUUCACACUUCUUCACCACCGCCCUGCCACUGUCUGCAGCCUGCCGCGUCAUGGACCUGUUUAUAUCUGAGGGUAUGGAGAUUAUAUUUCGUAUUGGCAUAGCUCUGUUAGAAUCGAGUCAGGAGGAUUUGCUGUCUCUAGAUAUGGAAGGGAUGGUUCGGCAUUUCCAGCGACAUGUCCCAAUACAGUACGAAGAGGAAAUUGAAGCUGAGCAGCUGUUCCAGGCAGCCUAUCAGGUGAAAUACAACGCAAAGAAACUCAGAAAACUUGAGAAAGAGUAUACUGCUUUAAAGAGCAAAGAAAAUGAGGAUCAGAUUGAACUUAGGAGGCUUAGGACAGAGAAUCGACUUCUUCGACAACGGAUAGACAAUCUGGAGAAGGAGUCCGCCUCAUUGGCUGAUCGUCUGAUCCAGUAUCAGGUGACUCGGGCGCAGGAGGCUGAGGAAAUGUUUAUCCUGAAGAACGAGCUGGCGUCAACCAAACAGCUUCUGCGGGACAACGACUACAAAUUACAGCAAGCUAACGAUCAGAUUCAGAACUUUGAUCUGCAGAGGGAAAGGGAUGCAGUUCGGAUGAACAAUAUGAUCCAGCAGUUACAGGAGGAGUUGGCUGAUGUGAGAAUUCGUGAAGCAGAUGCCAACAGCACUGUGAAGGAGCUCAACACCAAAAUCAACGACCUUGAAGAUACUAACCGUCAGCUGCAGCGAGCACCGAACAACGAUGUAGAACAGCUUCAGGAGGAGUUGAUAGCAGCGAAAUUGCGAGAGGCUGAGGCCACGCUGUCUCUGAAGGAACUGAAACAGAGGGUUCAUGAGUUAGAUUCCCUGUGGGAGAAAUUCAUCAUGGAGCGGUCGAUUACUCCCACCUGUAUGUCCCCUAAAGAUAAAUCCAAACCUGAUGUGAAGACACUACAGGAAGAGCUUAUGAGUGUUCGGCUCAGAGAGGCCGAGUCCUUGUCUGAACUGAAGACCAUGAAGAAUAAAGUCAUGGAACUAGAAACACAGAAUCAGAUAUGCACAAAUCAAAUUCGACGUAUGGAUGACGAUAACAAAACGAGUAAAGAACGUCUGGAGAAAUCUGAGGAGAGAGAAAAGGAGCUGAAAGUGAAAGUAAAAGAACUGGAGAGGAAGACCUCUGACAUGGAGUCUAAGAAAAAGGAAGAGUCGAUGAUGUCCCGAAUCAAAGAGGCAGAAGACAAACAGAUGAUAGCAGAACUCAAGCAUAAGAUUGCCGAGUUAGAAAUACAGAAAGAAGAGUUGCUCACUGCUGGUCAGUUACUAGCCAAGGGAAGUAACCAGGACUUGGAGAACCAGAUAUUUGACCUGCAGGAUGAGGUUCUGGCCCUGAAGUCGUGGAGUAAGGUGCCGAUGGACCCGAGUCGUAUCCCGAGUAUGUACAACAGCGUGGCGGAGGAAGACUGGGAAGCGGACUUAGCCAGUACUGAGAACCUCAACCGUACACUCUCUGAGAUCAUUGAGGGCACAGGGUCAAAGGUCGCUGACAAGGCGCACUUCAACGGAAACUUAACUAAUGGGAAGGCAGACAGUGUGUGUCACUCCUUGGAUACUCAGUCUGCCAGCAGCAACGGCGAGAACUGCAAUUUAGACGUGAUAUCCGAAGAUGAAGCAUCACCGCGAGUGAACGGGAGUUCUGCAUCUGUCACGUAACUCUUUGUGUUUGUACGGGGCGAAAAGUAGACUGUGUGUACAGCUGCGUGCUAAUUUCCUUUGUGGAUUUGAGAUCAUCCUGAGAUGGAGACGAUUUGGGGGUGUUUAAACGCAGCUGCAGCCAUAACGGUAGUCACUGUUUGCCGGUCAACUCAGUGCAAGUUUGUCAUCUAUUGUCGUGGUUGUUGAUGUUGUGGUGGAUAGGCCUAUCUGGCAAUAUUACAGUAACGGCAAACUGAUGUGUGGUGUGUCUGAACUUAAGGCCUUCUAAGGAGACAGGAGCUAGACAAGGCCAGUCAUUUCUUAGGUUCUCAAUUCUUAAUGGAUAUCACAAUCAGCGACUGGAUCAACGAUCAUAUACUGUAUCGCCUUUAUGAUUAAAUGUCAUAUUUAUUCGAAAGUAGGAUGAACAACUUUCUGACUGUUGUUGAAUUGAUCAUCUUCAGCAUUGUGCUUAUAGAAGUCUGGUGUUAUUAAUGUGAGCUGGUUAAAGCCAGCUUAAACCAGUUUGAACAACAUUGAAAGAAGUAUCCAGUUCAAACUGGUUUGAGCCAGAAUUGAGCCUGUUUGUACAAAAUUUCCCUCCAUUAAAAUACACGUUUUGAUCUAGUACAGUAGCUGUAAAUAUGGUCUGUUACCAAACUGUUCCUAGUAUGUGAGCACAUAAUUUAUCACUGAUGUAUGAAGAAAAAAGUUGUAUUUGUUGUAUGUAGCAUAUCAGCAGAGUACUGUGUUACAGUGAAGUACUCAUUUUGUUACAGUUUUGUUACAUUAUACACUGUUUGUUACAUAGCAGUAUGUAAAUGUUUUGUAGAUAUGAAGUAAGCUUAUUUGAAUUAUAUUAGAUGACUAACAUCUGCACUUAUUGCAUGCCAGUAAUUUUUAUUAUUUUCCAUGGUUUAAGAAAUGUUUUUUUUUACGUAAAGUUUAAAAUGAAACAUUUAAUAGAAAAACUGCUAAAAUACUCACACAGAAGGUUAACAAUAUCAUUGUAUCCCACAGUUCAGUGCUCUCGACUUGUAUGGACUACUCAAAACUGAAAACCGAAAAUGCAGAAUUCACAGAAAAUGGAAAUUUAUGAAAAUAUUUACUCUAUUAACAACUUUGAUUGCUUUUUAUAUUUUGGCUGAGGUCAACAGUGGCAUUGUGGAAUUCACCAUUGGCAUGACUGGUACUGUUGUGUCAACUCUGUACACAAUGUUUUUUUUGUUUUUUUUCUCUUCAGUUCUGAAAGGUAAACUUACUCCUUUCAAAAAUGAAAUAUCAAGUAAAGUGAAAACUUCAGACAUUUGUAGACAUUUCAGCUUCAUGUACAUAAGGUCUUUGUAAAUGAUGAAAUGUCACAUGAAGUGAAAAUGUCAGACAUUUGCAGACAUUUUUGCUUCAUGUAUACAAAGUCUUUGAAAUAUCAUGUUGGUGGAAUUCAUUUAUAAUGCCUACACUAAUGACUGCGCAUAUUUUACAUACAUUUUCCAUGUGCAUGUUCAAAAUGAGGGGUUGUAAAUGAACUGUUGGAGAUCAGUUAAAGGGUAGCGAACAUGAAAAAUGAAUCAUCAAUAUUUAUUUAUUUAUUUGAUUGGUCUGUUAGGCCGUACUCCAGAAUAUUUCACUUACACGACAGAAACCAACAUUAUGGAAGGAGGAAAUCUGUCGGAACUCGCAACCAUCCAUACCGCCUAAUCAUGAAUUAAAAGACCAUCAGAAAUUGUGUCUGAAAAGGGGGAUGAAACAAACAGAGUCUAGCAACAUCUAUCAAAUUUUAUGUGAAAAACCCAGUACAUUACUUGUUCUUUUUAGAUUUUUAGAGGUUUUUUUUUUCACUGAAUUCAGAUAGCUUUUUCGCGUUUCCUUCCCUUCAAAAUAUUUGAUUUUUCAGCUUUGUUGUAAACGGGAAUUUUCAUAGGUAUACAUUAAUGUUUGGAGUUGGAAAACUGUAUAUACCCAUGUUACAUCAUGAUGACAAACUUCCCAUUGUCAAGGUCUCGUACUUAACCAUUUGUAAAAGCCGGUCAGUCUUUCUUUUGUAAAAUUUUGUAAAGAGUAAUUGUUAGUUCCUAUAGAUUGUUGGGUUGAUCAAAAGACGUAAAAAACAAAACAAGGUUGUUGUUUAUGUAAUUCAGUUUCAAAGCAAUUCUGCAUGGAUUAAUAUGAUGUUUUGGAACAACUUUUUUCUGUGUGUAGUUGCUUGCAGUGAAAAGAAAGCUUUCUUGGUGCUGACGCAGGCUAACAGUAACAUGUAGCUGUGACCCCUGUGUCUGUAAUGAACUCAACCAAAUGUGAGUCAUUAUCUAAACACACCUCUUGUGAUUUCAGCAUUGUGAUUGGAUGUAGGCUUUCCAGACAGUGUUCUUACUAUCGCACA